GAUUUUCUCUGUAGUCUCCGUCUUGUCCACAUUGCUCCUUUGCACCAUCUCACCUUUGGUACCCGUCACCAUGCCUGCAGACUACAAUGGAACCUGGGUCAUGGAGAAGAAUGACAACUUUGAUGGAUACAUGAAGGCAUUAGACAUUGAUUUUGCUACUCGUAAGAUUGCUGCUCACUUGAACCAAACCAAAGAAUUAAUCCAGAAUGGAAACGAGUUUAAAACAAAGACACUGAGCACAUUUAGAAACUAUAUUCUUGACUUCACGGUUGGAGUGGAAUUCGAAGAACUAACUAAGGGCUUGGACAGCAGGACGGUGAAGACCUUAGUAUCCUGGGACGGGGACAAGCUUGUCUGUGUUCAAAAAGGAGAAAAAAAUAAUCGUGGCUGGACGCACUGGAUUGAGGGCGACAAACUCUAUCUGGACUUAACAUGUGAAGAUCAAGUUUGCCACCAGGUUUUCAAAAAGAAGAACUAAAGCACUGCCAUCAAUUUCACUUUGUAAAGGGUGGAUACAUCUGUGAUAUAUUUUUUGCAAUUGAAUAAAAUAGGUUUAUAUGAAA